AUGCACGAUGAAUAUCCUUCUACUAACAGCAACUAUUCCUCUACUGCUCCUUCAAUUUCAUCUUCGCUUGAAAAUUUGAAUAUUAGUAUUUCUGAAGAUGAUCAACCUGAAAUUAAUGCAACAUAUGAUUUACCUGAUUCGAUACCUCUUACUCCUAUUCUACAAGAUCUUCAAGAAUCUAAUUACAAAAACUUACCGUCAUUAUCUGCAAUCCCUUCACUUCCAUCUACAGCUAUUACACCAGGAAUUCCUGUAAGGUCACGAAAACGAAUCGUAAGAUCAAAACAGGUUUCAAACCCACCAGCUGCAAAGAGAGCCAAAAAACCAAAGAAGUUUCGGCUGGCUUACAAAUGGAAAAUUACAUCGUAUCACCACAGACCUACAAUUGAAGAAAAUUUAGAUAGCGAUUUUGUCGAUUUACCGGACGCUACGUCAUCCCCCUUGACUUACUUCUACAUGUUCUUUUCUAAGGAUAUAUUGACAGACAUUGUUGACCAGACAAAUUUCUAUUCAGUUCAAGAGCUGGGCAAGUCAAUAUUAUUGACUGAGAACGAAUUGAAAGAUUUUCUGGCAAUUCAUCUAAUUAUGGGUAUAGUAGAUAUGCCUUCAUACCUCGAUUAUUGGUCGCAAAAAUAUGUUAAAGUUUCUGACAUAAUACCUCUGAAGCGUUAUCAGCAAAUACGGCGUAGGUUGCAUUUUGCAAAUUACAAUCUGGAAGAUGGCGACCGUUACUAUAAAAUUAGACCGAUACUAGAAAAAAAAAAUAGAGGACAUUUUGCUGAAGUUACAUGCGACCAGAAUUGUUUGGCAGUAGUUCGUUGGAACGACAACAAGGUUGUGACAUUUAUAAGUUCUUUUGUUGCUAGUGAGCCUGUGGAAACGAUCUUGCGAUAUUCGAAGGAUGAGAAGAAGAAAAUAUUAGUACAGUGUCCACAAAUUGUGCGACAGUACAACAAACAUACGGGCGGAGUCGACCUAGCUGAUAUGUUGAUAUCGCUGUACAAAACGCCAUUCAAAACACGACGCUGGUAUAUGGGCAUUUUUGGGCAAUUACUGGACAUUUGUGUAAACAAUGCUUGGUUGAUUCACAGAAAAGCGAAUGAAGGCAACCGUAAAAAGAAAAUGGCACUGAAAGCUUUUCGAUAUGCUGUGCAUGAGAAUCUCAUCUCUGAAAACCGUUGUGCCAAACGGAGCAAAAGCGGCGCCCCAAAAAUAAACACGCCCCGUAAGGCACGCCCUUCCAGUCCAAUAAAGUAUGACAAUGUAAGUCAUUUCCCGCAGACCAUGGAGGAAGGACGUUGUAGAUACUGCCAAAAAACUGUGGUGUACUGCAUAAAAUGUCAGAAGCGACUUUGCUUUGUAACUGAAAAAAAUGCCAGAAAUUGUUUUUUAGAUUUCCAUACCAAAUAA